AUGGAAGUGAAAGGUGACAUAAGUCCAAAUGGUUUGUUGCAAUCUAAAAUAGUAACUUCUCUCUCAAAUAAUGCUUGUGGCAAGAAACUAAAGACCUCUGUACCUGACUCCGUUAUCUGUACCGAAAAUGACUCUAGUUAUAAUAAAGACCGGGAAUAUUUUAGUAAUGUUGGCGGGCCAGUGCUUUUGGAAAACGAGGCGUUAGUUGGGGUAAUUGUUGCAUCGAAUCGGCCUUCAAAGUCCAGCCAGCCAGACAUAAAUGCUCGAAUGUCGACAAUGCUGGAUUGGAUUUUGGCCACAGUGGACCUAGACUAG